CCGCCCCAUUCCCCGCUUCCCGCAGCCGCCCCCUCCCCCCGGCGUUCGUCUUCGGGCCAGUUUGUGCCCGAAGAAGGACUGGUUUUUGUUUGCCCAUCCUAGUAUGGCCAAUGAAGAAAAUGAUCCAGUCGUACAAGAGAUUGAUGUAUACCUGGCCAAAAGCCUUGCUGAGAAGCUCUACCUAUUUCAGUACCCUGUCCGUCCAGCCUCGAUGACCUAUGAUGACGUCCCUCACUUAUCAGCCAAGAUUAAACCAAAGCAACAAAAAGUGGAGCUCGAAAUGGCUAUUGACACUAUGAAUCUCAACUACUGCCGAAGCAAAGGAGAGCAGAUAGCACUUAAUGUGGAUGGCACCUGCACAGAUGAGACAAGCACUUAUUCCACGAAACUGAUGGACAAACAGACAUUCUGUUCUUCACAGACUACAAGCAACACUUCUCGCUAUGCUGCCGCUCUCUACAGAAAAGGCGAACUUCACUUGACCCCUCUGCACGGCAUCCUGCAGCUGCGGCCCAGCUUCUCCUAUCUGGAUAAAGCCGAUGCCAAACACCGAGAGAGGGAGGCGGCCAAUGACGCUGGGGAUUCUUCUCAGGAUGAAGCUGAAGAAGAUAUCAAGCAAAUCACGGUGCGUUUCUCGCGGCCAGAGUCAGAACAGGCUCGCCAGCGGCGGGUUCAGUCUUAUGAAUUUCUCCAGAAGAAGCACGCUGAAGAGCCUUGGGUGCACCUGCACUACUAUGGCCUGCGGGACAGCCGAUCUGAGUACGAGCGUCAGUAUCUUCUGUGCCGGGGCCCUGGGAUGUCAGAGAGCACAGAGCUCAUCCGAUCUCCAAGCGAGUACUUGAUGAUGUUAAUGCCUCCAAGCAGCGAGGAAGAGAAGGAAAAACCUCUGGCUCCUAGCAAUGUUCUGUCUCUGGCCCAGCUGAGAACGCUACCUUUGGCAGAUCAGAUUAAGAUACUGAUGAAGAAUGUGAAGGUCAUGCCUUUUGCCAACCUGAUGAGCCUGCUGGGCUUGGGGACCGACUCAACAUCUGUGCUGCGCUGCAUCCAGCAGGUGGCGAUGCUGGUGCAGGGAAACUGGGUUGUGAAGAGUGAUAUCCUGUACCCAAAGGACAGCUCCAGCCCUCACAGUGGGGUACCUGCAGAAGGGCUCUGCAGGGGUCGGGACUUUGUUAUGUGGAGAUUCACACAGAGUCGCUGGGUAGUGAGGAAGGAAGUAGCAACAAUUACAAAACUGUGUGCAGAGGAUGUAAAGGACUUUCUGGAACACAUGGCCGUAGUGAGAAUCAACAAGGGCUGGGAGUUCUUGCUCCCUUAUGAUGAGGACUUCAUCAAAAAGCAUCCAGACGUCGUUCAGCGGCAGCACAUGCUGUGGAUGGGCAUCCAGGCUAAAUUAGAAAAAGUCUAUAGUCUUCUAAAAGAGACUGUGCCAAAGACUGCAGAAGGACAAUCAGUGCCUGUUAUGCUGAUCUCUGGAGAUCAGCGAGUCCAAGCUGCCAAGGCCAAGGCCCAGCAGAACCACUUGCUGCUGGAACGGGAAUUACAGUGGAAGAAGGAGCAGCUGCAGGCCUCUUCCAGUGUGCGGAUGGAGGAAGAGCAAGCUGACAAGGAGGAGGAGCCCAUGGACACCUCAACCUGUGGCAGCCUCAGAAAUAAGUUGGCCAAUGGGCUUCCUACUGGACGAGCCAUGGGAGGUGACACCCUCAACGGGCAUUCCCCAACAGGCUGUGGGGAAGCACCCAUGGCUCGGGAACUGAGGGCCUUUGUGGAGGCCACCUUUCAGAGGCAAUUUGUGCUUACUCUGAGUGAACUGAAGCGCCUCUUCAACAUGCAUUUGGCCAGCCUUCCCCCUGGGCACACACUGUUUAGUGGCAUUUCAGACAGGAUGCUACAGGACACGGUGCUGGCUGCAGGCUGCAAACAGAUUUUGGUGCCUUUUCCCCCACAGACUGCUGCUUCUCCUGAUGAGCAGAAGGUGUUUGCACUCUGGGAGUCUGGAGACAUGAGUGAUCAGCAUCGACAGGUUUUACUUGAAAUAUUUUCCAAAAAUUAUCGGAUGCGUAGGAAUCUGAUCCAGACUCGAUUGAAUCAAGAAUGUGGAGAAGAUCUCAGCAAACAGGAGGUGGAUAAAGUGUUAAAGGACUGCUGUGUAAGCUAUGGAGGCAUGUGGUACCUUAAGGGAACAGUGCAGUUCUGACAGUCAUAGUGAAACUGCUUAACCCCACAAACAUAGGCCAGAGGAUGGAUACCACAGUGAGCAGAGAUGGAAGUAACACCUUGACUUGC